AAGUAGCUGUGCAAGUAGUCCAUUGGUACACAGUGAAGCCCGACAGGUGUUCCUCAGAAAUAAUUAAACUGACACUAAAACAGUCACAACGGGGUGGAGCCUUCUUGCAGCUUACACUGAAGGAUAUGCUUAUUUGCUCCACAUUACGCCAGUGCUUCUAAAGGAUGAAUAGCAGUGGACCAGCAUACCCAUUAGCCUCUCUAUACGUUGGGGACCUUCAUCCUGAUGUCACUGAGGCCAUGCUGUACCAGAAGUUUUCUCCUGCUGGUCAGAUCAUGUCCAUCCGUGUGUGCCGUGAUGUAAUUACACGGAGAUCCCUUGGAUAUGCGUACAUCAACUUCCAGCAGCCUGCUGAUGCGGAAUGUGCCCUUGACACAAUGAACUAUGAAGUCAUCAAGGGUCGUCCAAUCAGGAUCAUGUGGUCACAGCGAGAUCCAGGUCUGAGAAAGUCUGGUGUGGGAAACAUCUUCAUCAAGAACAUGGAUGAGUCCAUUGAUAACAAGGCUCUCUAUGACACCUUUUCUGCUUUUGGUAACAUCUUGUCAUGUAAGGUAGUUUGUGAUGAGAACGGCUCAAAGGGUUAUGGGUUUGUGCACUUUGAGACACAAGAAGCUGCCAACAGAGCCAUUGAGACAAUGAAUGGCAUGCUUCUGAAUGAUCGCAAAGUGUAAGUACUGACAAUGUGGAACAACAUUCCUUUACACAAGUGGUUCUCAAUCAGAGGGCCGAAGGAUGACUUAAAAGUAUUCCAAAAAAGUGGAGACAUUUUGUAAAACACAAUAAAAUCAAGAAUCUAUGA